CUUUAACAGCUAUAAUAGUACCCUCUUAAAACCCUAAGUGACUGUCCCGUCUCCGUCUUCUUCUUCUUCUUCUUCUUCUUCUUCCUCUCUUUCACAGCAGCAGCUGCAGCUUUGAGUAACUCAGACUUGAGAGUUUUGUGAAGAUGAUCAUACUAGUUGAGACACCGGCGGGUUUUGCCCUCUUUAAAGUGAAAGAUGAAGGAAAGCUCGCUAAUAUCGAGGAUUUAGCUAAAGAGUUUGAGACUCCAGACUCAGCACGAAAGAUUGUUAAGCUAAAGGCUUUCGACAAGUUCGACAACACAUCUGAAGCUCUUGAAGCAGUUGUUAAAUUGCAUGAGGGAACUCCAAGCAAAGGUCUGCGCAAGUUUUUGAAAGCUAAUUGUGAAGGUGAAACCUUGGCUGUGGCGGAUUCAAAGCUUGGAAAUGUCAUCAAGGAGAAACUGAAAAUCGACUGUGUUCACAACAAUGCUGUGAUGGAGCUUCUCCGGGGUGUUAGAAGUCAGUUUACAGAGCUCUUAUCUGGUUUGGGUGAUCAAGACAUGGCUCCUAUGAGAUUGGGGUUGUCUCACAGCCUUGCUAGAUACAAGCUGAAGUUUAGUUCUGACAAGGUGGACACCAUGAUUAUCCAAGCUAUCGGUUUGCUUGAUGAUCUUGACAAAGAACUAAACACGUAUGCGAUGAGGGUUAGAGAAUGGUACGGAUGGCAUUUUCCCGAGCUUGCUAAGAUCAUAUCAGACAAUAUCCUAUACGCCAAAUCUGUUAAAUUGAUGGGCAACCGGAUUAAUGCUGCUAAGCUUGACUUCUCUGAGAUCCUAUCUGAGGAAAUUGAGGCAGAUCUGAAGGAAGCAGCUGUGAUAUCCAUGGGAACAGAAGUCAGUGACCUUGACUUGCUGCACAUCCGGGAACUCUGUGACCAGGUUCUUUCUCUGUCUGAGUACAGAGCUCAGCUAUACGAUUACCUGAAGAGCAGAAUGAACACUGUUGCUCCCAAUCUGACUGCCCUGGUUGGAGAACUAGUUGGUGCUCGUCUAAUUUCUCAUGGAGGUAGUUUAUUGAACCUUUCCAAGCAACCUGGAAGUACCGUUCAGAUACUUGGAGCUGAAAAAGCUCUCUUUAGAGCUCUUAAGACAAAACAUGCCACACCCAAGUACGGUUUGAUCUACCACGCGUCAGUUGUUGGUCAAGCUGCACCAAAGCACAAGGGAAAGAUCUCGCGGUCAUUAGCUGCUAAAGCUGCUCUUGCUAUUAGGUUUGAUGCACUUGGUGAUGGCCAAGAUAACACUAUGGGACUUGAAAAUCGAGCUAAGCUUGAAGCAAGGUUGAGAAAUCUGGAAGGAAAAGAUUUAGGUCGUCUGUCUGGUUCAGCUAAAGGCAAACCUAAGAUUGAAGUGUAUGACAAGGAUAAGAAGAAGGGAUCCGGUGGUCUUAUCACUCCUGCUAAGACUUACAACGCUGCUGCAGAUUCUCUUCUUGGGCAAACACCAGCUAAAUCUGAGGACGGUGAGGAGUCAUCGAAGAAGAAAGAUAAGAAAAAGAAGAAGAAGGUCGAAGAAGAAGAGGAAGCAGAGAAGGAGGAACCAUCAAAGAAAAAGAAGAAGAAGAAGGUGGAAGAAGAAGAGGAAGCAGAAAAGGAGGAACCAUCAAAGAAAAAGAAGAAGAAGAAAGCUGAAGCAGAAACUGAAGUUGUAGAGGUUGCAAAGGAGGAGAAGAAGAAUAAGAAGAAGAGAAAGCACGAGGAAGAGGAAACAACUGAAACGCCAGCCAAGAAGAAAGAUAAGAAAGAGAAGAAAAAGAAGAACAAGGACUGAGGGAGAGUAACAGAUUUUGAGAGAUCUGAGUGUAAGAUUAGUGUUUUUUUUUUUGUGGAAUUUGCAUGCCUUAUUAUUAUCUAGAGGAAUAGCUGUUAAGGUGUUUACUUAUUUGCCUGAAAUUAUCAUUUUGAAUGAUGAAUUCAUAUUUAAAUCCUUUACCCUCAGACUUUAUAUUAUGUUCUCUAAUCUCCUUAGAUGAUUAAUUUUGGAA